AUGAUACGAUAUGGGCAUUUUGGGCACCUUGGCGGCCCGGACACCAUCACAGCCUAUUCUUUGGAAGACAAUGAAUUAUGGACAAGAUACUUGCUUGGGCUAGUCAUCCAGUUUGGAGGAGCAUUUUACAUCUUCCUUAGGUCCUGGAAGGGCACACCACUUAAUAUUCUAGCCGUCCCAAUGUUUGUGGCUGGAUUGAUCAAGUAUGGGGAGAGGACUUGGUUUCUAAAGUCCAGAAGCAGCAAUCAAUUGAGAAAAUCCAUGAUCCGUGCUCCAGACCCAGGGCCUAAUUAUGCCAAAUUCAUGGAAGAAUAUGCUUUGAUAAGAGCUCAGGGGUAUAAUGUUUCACUACAGCCAAUAAUUGAAACAUCUGAGGUGGUGAAUAUACCUUCUCCAACCCCCAGAAAAAAGAAUAUUCCAGAUGCAGCCCUUUUGCAAAAGGCUAAUGAAUACUUUCCCAAGUUCAAGCUUUUAUUUACAGAUCUUGUUCUUGAGUCAACAGACUUUGAAGAAAGCAAAUCCUUCUUUGAGAAAAUAUCUUGCAAGGAAGCUUUCAGAGUGAUUGAGAUUGAGCUUGGGUUCGUGUAUGACAUGCUCUAUACGAAGGCAAUGGUGGCUUAUUGUAAAUGGGGUGGCCUAGGUCGUUCCAUAUGUCUAUCUUUUGUAAUCUCAACAUUCAUAGCUUUCUUGAUUAUUGACAGGCAUGACUACUCAACUAUUGACGUGAUAAUAACAUGGUUGUUGCUGGUUGGAGCAAUUGUUCUGGAGAUCUAUUCUAUUAUUAUACUGUUUUCCUCAGACUGGACCAUGAGUUGGUUGAGCAAACAAGAAAAACCACUUGUGACUCUCAUCUUUCUAGUGAUAUCGAGUUGUCGAUUACCUUAUCUAUUCCUUGCAAACAAGAGAUGGUCUGAUUCCAUGGUACAGUACAGUCUGAUAGGUUUCUGCCUCAUAAAUUUGCCUACCAAGUUUAGCAAAGUCUGGAAGUUCUUUUGCAUUUGCCAGAUGUUGGAGGAGCAUUAUUCUAAGAAUUCAAGUGUUGUCUCCAAAUAUUUGAGAAGAUUGAUCUUUGAAAAACUUCUAGAGAAAUCAAGGAGUGCCUCAGACAUUAAGGCAGCCAAGAAAUUAUGUGCUGACAGAGGAGAAUGGACACUUCAAAAGAUGAACUGUCUCCAUAAAUUAGGUUGGAGUAUUGAAGUAGAAUUCGAUGAGAUCAUUCUCCUCUGGCACCUAGUAAUUGAUCUCUGCUACUACACUGAUCUAAACAAAAAAUCAUUCUCUAUCAAGAACUCAAAAUGUAAAGCAAGCAAGUUGCUAUCAGAUUAUAUGGUGUAUCUUCUGGUCUUGCGCCCCCUUAUGUUACCUGAUGGAAUUGGACAAAUCCGAUUUCAAGACAGCUGUGCUGAGGCCAUUGCGUUUUUUCAUAGAAAGCACGUAAAAGAUGGAAUCCAAGCUUGUGAAAAUUUGCUUCAAGUGAAUACUGAAAUUCUACCAUUGAAAGUGAAAGGAGAUAGAAGCAAGUCGGUGCUAUUUGAUGCCUGCAGGCUGGCUAAGUCCAUGCAAUCUCUGGAGACAGAAGAGGAAUAG